GGGAGCAGGAGCAUCUUUCUCCCCAGCAUGCAGACCACUGGGAGCAAGCGCUCCUCCUGCCCUCGUUUCAGGCUCCGGGAAGUGGCGUCCAUGUACUUCACCAUGCUCGCGCUGUUCCUAGUCAUCCUGGUGGCAGCUCUUCAAGGCACAGCUCCCCAGGAGAACUACUUCCCUUACAAGGUGCCCCUCGACCCCCGGGGGCUCGUGGAGCUGGCAUGGAACGUCAGCUACCCGGAGCAGGUGGUGCAUUUCCAGGUCUUCAUCAAGGAGCUGAAGUUCGGGCUGCUCUUCGGGAUGUCAGACCGGGGCGACUUCGAAAACGCAGACCUGGCCGCGCUCUGGAGCGACGGGCACAGCUCCUACUUUGGGGAUGCGUGGAGUGAUCAGAAAGGGCACUUACAUAUGGACUCCCAACAGGACUACCAGCUCCUCAGCGUGCGCCGAACCCCAGAGGGCCUCUACCUGGUCUUCAAAAGAGCCUUCAGCACCUGUGAUCCAAAGGACUACCUUAUAGAGGAUGGCACCGUGCACCUUAUCUAUGGGAUCCUUGAGAAACCGGUCCCUUCUCUCCAAGCAAUCAACAUCUCUGCCAUCUACAAGGGGCUGCAGAGGGUACAGCUGUUGAAGCCUAACAUCACUACCCCUGAACUGCCCAGAGACAUGAAGACCAUGGAAAUAAGAGCCCCUGAUGUAGUCAUUCCCAGCCAGGAGACGACAUACUGGUGCUAUAUGGUGGAGCUUACAGACGACUUCCCAAGACAUCACAUUGUCAUGUACGAGCCAGUGAUCACAGCAGGCAACGAAGCGCUGGUCCAUCACAUGGAAGUCUUCCAGUGUGCGGCUGAGUUUGACAGCUUCCCACAUUACAACGGACCCUGUGACUCCAAGAUGAAGCCGGAGCGACUGAACUACUGCCGACACGUGCUGGCAGCGUGGGCCAUGGGAGCUCAGGCCUUCUACUACCCUGAAGAGGCAGGUCUCGCCUUCGGGGGGCCGGGAUCCUCCAAGUAUUUACGCCUUGAGAUCCACUACCACAACCCCCUGGUCUUCCAAGGUCACCACGACUCCUCAGGGAUCCGCCUUUAUUACACAGCCACACUGAGACGCUACGAUGCCGGCAUUAUGGAGCUUGGCUUGGUCUACACGCCGGUGAUGGCUAUACCUCCUGGGGAAACCGAGUUCUUCCUGACAGGCUACUGUACGGAUAAAUGCACCCAAGUGGCUCUGCCUCCUGCUGGGAUCCACAUCUUCGCCUCCCAGCUUCACACUCACCUGACGGGAAGGAAGGUGGUGACCGUGUUGUCCCGGGAAGGAAGUGAACGGGAGAUAGUGAACGCAGACAAUCACUACAGCCCUCACUUCCAGGAGAUCCGCAUGUUAAAGAAGGUGGUUUCUGUCUUUCCGGGGGAUGUGCUUAUAACAUCCUGCGCGUACAACACAGAGGACAGGGACCAAGCCACUGUGGGUGGGUUUGGCAUCAUGGAAGAGAUGUGCGUCAACUAUGUGCACUAUUACCCUCAGACGCAGCUAGAGCUGUGCAAAAGUGCCAUUGAUCCCGGCUACCUGCACAGAUACUUUAAUCUUGUGAACAGGUUCAAUGACGAGGAGAUCUGCAUGUGCCCACAGACCUCGGUCACGCAGCAGUUUGCUUCUGUCCCAUGGAACGUGUUCAACAGAGAUGUCCUGAAAUCCCUCUAUGGCUUUGCUCCGAUCUCCAUGCACUGCAAUAAAUCCUCCGCCGUCCGCUUCCCGGGCGAAUGGGAGAAGCAGCCUCUUCCACAGAUCGCCAAGAUGCUGCCAGCACCCACCCCACAUUGCCCCCCUCCACCAGCACCUCCGCCUCCACCCGCCGUGCUUAUCAACCUGGGCAAGACCAAGGCAGACUGAAGGGACAUCUGGCUUCCCCUGCCACGAUGCACGAUGCCACGAGACACUUUUGGACACACUGGGGCGCUUUUGAUUUUGGUUCAAGCUUUUGCAACGCUGCAAUGGAGAGGGUGGGAGCAGGCUGGAGGGGUUGCCUUAGGGAUUUAUAAGCUUCCUGAUACGAGGGUCUACUCAAGAGCUGCUUUUACCCUGCAUGGGGUGGGAAGAGGGUAGAGAGAAUAUAAAGGACUCCUCUCUGCACAAACACACAGGCCAGAUCUCACUGACUGUUCCUAGGAGGGAUUGGCGGUGGGGCAGGGGCCAGGCAUUGCUCACAGCAUGAUGGGUGAGAAUUCAAUCUCACGGAUGGGUCAGCAGGCAUGUGCUGCAGUGUCCGAGCUCCCAGCACCCGGCUGGACAGAGCUGCCCCCCGUGUUAUAGAUGCUGAAGAACAAGCAAUCCCAAUUCCACACGUGCUGCCCAUGGCACUGAGGGUUUGGCUGGGAGCUGGGAAAGGUUGGGGUCUAAUCCCAGUGUUGGCUCUGUCUCAGUGCGGGGCCUGUAGCAUGUCCCCACACUGCCUCAGCUCCCUGUCUGCAAAGUGAAGAUAAUCAAUACCCUGACACCUGCCACGCAGGGGGCUGUUCAGGCUAAUUGGUUACAGCUCAGAAAGUGCCUGGGAGAUGAAAAGUGCUAUUAUUAGCGUAUUAAUAGCAAUGCUCUGAGUAACGCAGGCUUCCACCCCCAGAGUAAUAUCGCGGAAGAUUUCUCCUGUGCUGUGCAGCCAUGAACAAGCCCCGCUGCGCACCUGUCGGGAGCUGUCGGCCACUGCAAUCCUAUUUCCUCACAUACAACACGCGCCUUUCCCCAAGAAUCACCUGCUGGAAACUGGUGUAAUUCUAUGGAAAAAAUACGGUAAAAGCAGUUUCUGCCACUUCUGGGGCAAAAGGGAAAGUAAAAUCUGCCCACAAUCCAUAGGAAGCAAGGCAAGGAGUAGGCUCAGCCUCUAGCUGCUGCUACUCAGUUACUUACUGCAAGGAAAGCUCAUUUUUUCCUUUGUUCUGCCUUUCAACACACAAAGUGUGCAUUUUACUCCAGGGCACAUUGUACGUGCAAACAUACAGCACUUUCCUGAGAGGGAAACCGAGGCAUGGAGAGGUUUGCCGAGCAGGAUCAGAGUUCAGGAUUUUUCUGGUUCCCUCAGGCUGUC